AUCUCCCAUUCAUUCCAAACCAAAACCAAAGAAUACAGUGUCGAUAUCACCAACGCAACAAAAAGAAAUGGCUGAUGAUUCACAGGUCAUUGCUGAACGUGAGCGUAUUUUCAAGCACUUUGACGCCAAUGGUGAUGGCAAAGUCUCCGCUGCGGAGCUUGGGGAUGCCCUGAAUAAAAUUAGCUCGGUCACAACGGAUGAAGUGGCACGUAUGAUGUCCAAGAUUGACACUGAUGGUGAUGGGUACAUUUCGUACCAAGAAUUCAUGGCUUUUGCCAGUGCUAAUCCUGUUAUGCUGAAGGAUGUUGCCAAGAUAGUUCAACCCUAAUUUCUCACCAAGUGAUCUUCUUUUCAUGUCUUCCCCAUAUUUUGUUUGUUAUUCAUUUGCAUGACUACUAGAGUUGAGCUGAUCAUGAGGGCCCAUUUGGAUUUUUCUCAUGAUAGAAUUGUUUUGGUGGUUAAUUACUACAACUGUUACUUCUUGAAUUCUGAUAUGAAUGCUUGUUACUGUUCGCUAGACCAGUCUGUAUUUUAAGGCCCAAUUGUGCCGAAAAUCUAUCUUAUUUGGACUUGGUCAUAUAUCUUCAUUCUUUGCAAAAUACAA